UCUGACACGCCCCGCCCGUCUUGUGACCGGCAGACUCCAGAGCCAAUGAGAACACACCAUCUGUAAACAUGGCGUCUGACUUCAGGUGGAAAUGUGUGUUGCUCCUUCUGUGCACAUAUUUGCUUUGUAUAUUAGCGACUGAUAGCCAAAAUAAGCCCAAGAAAAAGAAGGAUAUCCGAGACUACAAUGACGCAGAUAUGGCACGGCUCCUGGAACAAUGGGAGGAGGACGAUGAGAUUGAGGAAGGGGACCUCCCAGAGCACAAGAGGUCUCCCCCUCCCAUCGACUUCGCCAAGGUGGACCCCUCUAAGCCCGAAGAGCUGCUCAAGAUGUCCAAGAAGGGCAAGACUCUGAUGGUUUUUGCUACUGUGUCGGGGGAUCCCACGGAGAAAGAGACCGAGGAGAUCACAGGCCUGUGGCAGGGCAGCCUCUUCAACGCCAACUACGAUAUCCAGAGGUUCGUGGUGGGCUCCAACAGGGCCAUCUUCAUGCUGCGGGAUGGCAGUCUGGCCUGGGAGGUCAAAGACUUCCUGGUGAGCCAGCAGCGCUGCGCCGAUGUCACCGUGGAGGGACAGGUGUUCCCUGGGAUGGCUGCCAAGAAGCAGGACGAUGCCAAGCACAAGCAACAGAGUGAAGGCAACGCCAAGAAGAAGAGCAAGAGGAAGACGGAGAGCAAGAAGCCGGACCUGGAGGGGAACACUGCCGGCCAUCUGAAACACGAGCUGUGACGGAGGAACAUUCCCAGGGCUCUUUUCCUCGGGCCUUGGAGGAGGGGUAUUCUGACCACCAAACUGUGGCGAGGGGCUGCAGGAACAUGUGAAGACACAGAGCUUCAGAGUCAGUGAUAUGUGUGAAGUAAUAAGUCCUGCUUAGGGUUGGUGAAGAUUUUCGAUACCAAUACCAAUACCGUGACUUCGAUACCGGUUCCUAAACGAUACUGGUUCCUAAACGA